GGGGAGGCCGGGCCAAUGACGGCGGCGCGGAGGCGGGCGGUGGAGCCACGCCGACCAAUAGGAGGCGGGGAGGCGGGGCGCUGCCGCCGUUACCGUCUGGCACAGGAGGCGGCGGCGGGCGGUGGUGCCGCCAUCAUGAGCUACUCAGGUUAUGGAGACUGGAGCUCUGGAACAAACAGAGGGUAUGAGGGGUACAGUUAUGGCUACGGGUAUGGGCAGGAUAACUCGGGCAACUAUGGCUAUGGCAUGGCCACCUCGAACUCCUGGGAAAUGGGCAAUUCAGACGUCGACAUGAACCCCGACGCCUCCGGCGGUGCCAAUGCUGACGGUGUCAUAGUGAAGAUGAACCAGCGCCUAGACAUGGUGUCACACCUGGACACGGACACGAUGCAAGGAGGACACUACGGCUCGGGUGGAGACAGGUACGAUUCGUACGAGUCCUACGACUCACGGUCUUCCAUGAAUGACCGUGACCUCUACAGAUCUGGCUACGACUACAACGAGGCUGAGCACGAUAAUGACAACGCCUACGACGGGCACUAUGACGGCCCCUACGACGGGCAUUACGAAGGGCACUACGACAGCUUCUAUGGGAACCGCAGGGACCAGUACCAUAACAGGGCACGGGACAACUUUGGCCAACGGGGUCAGAACUGGGCACGUGACGGGCACAAUAACAGACCCAUGGCCUCGUCCUACUCCGGGCGCAUGGGUGGACAGUGGAACGAGCCGCCACAGGGGAUGGGGGCGCGGGGCCUUGGCCCCCACGGCUCCUCCCGGCUGCCAUCCCUCUUCUCCCACAACAUCAUCCCUGAACUCGGCAUGUUCCAGGGCAUGCGAGGCUUCUCGGGGAACAUGCGCUUCGGAGGAGGCAUGAUGAAACAGCGCAUGAGGAGGAACUGGAAAAUGUGGGACUCGGACUUCAAACAACAAAAGAAGAAAAUGAAGAAAGACCCCACCACGAAGAAGCGAAAGCAAACCAACAGCUCCGACGAACCCGACUGCAAGGCAGCAAAGACGGAUGGCUCUGAUAACUCGGACUCUGACAAUGAGGAGGGAACUGAAGGAGAAUCAGGAGAAAAAGAGGAGAAAGAGGGUUCCAGAGGUGAGGGGGAAGACGAUGAAGGAAGAGACUCUGAGAAAGGUGCUUUAACAAUUCAAGAAGAGAUCAGUCAAAUCAAACGCAAAUUGCAGGCGGGCAAGAAAACUCAAGAGAGGCAAAAGAAGAGGCAUCGGGAUCGCAUGGUAGAAAGCUGUCUCAACAGGAUCCAGUUUGUUUGUUCCUUAUGCAAAUACCGGACCUUCUACGACGAUGAGAUGAACAGUCACCUCGAAAGUAAAUUCCACAAGGAACACUUCAAGUUUGUUGGAACCAAACUGCCUCAACAAACAGCUGACUUUCUCCAGGAAUAUGUUGCUAAUAAAACUAGGAAAACUGAAGAGCGCCGUAAAGCAAUUGAAGACAUUAAUGCAGUUAUUCAGCAGAUUUAUAGGGACCAAGAUCUUACGCAAGAUGUUGGCAUGGAGCAUUUUAUUAAAAAGGUGGAGGCUGCUCACUGUGCUGCGUGUGACCUCUUCAUCCCGAUGCAGUACGGCAUCAUCCAGAAACACCUGAAGUCUCUUGAUCACAACCACAAUCGUAGGGCCAUGAUGGAGCAGUCCAAGAAAUCAUCACUAGUAGUUGCAAGAAGUAUUCUGAACAACAAACUAAUCAGUAAGAAACUGGAGCGGUACCUGAAGGGUGAGAAUCCAUUCACAGAUGACCUAGAAGAAAAAGAGGAGCAUGAGGAAGGAGAAGGGGGAACCAGUGGAAAUGCAGAGGAAGAAACAGCAGAAGGAGCAGAUGAAAACAAGGAUGAUGAAGAGAAUUUGGAGGAAGAAAAUCUAGAUGACGAAAACAAGGUGGAGGAAAAUCUAGAUGACGAAAACAAGGUGGAGGAAAAUCUAGAUGACGAAAACAAGGUGGAGGAAAAUGUAGACGAUGAAAACGAGGAUCCUGGAGAGAACCCAGAAGCAGAAGGAGCUAAAAUUGAGGAGGAGCAAGAAGAACCAGGGACAGAAACAGAAACUGAGGCACAGCCCCAAGCACAAACAGACCUGGAGCCAGGUGCAGAAAACAUGGAGGAGACUUUGCAACCAACAGAUGAAUCUGUCCACGAGGAAAAAGAGCAGCAGCCAGAAGGUGGGAAGGUAGAAGAUGAGGAUGAAGAAAGUGAGGAAGCUGCUGCUCAAGAGGAUGAGGAUGCUGAGUAAAUAAAAUGUUGGAUGGGAAAGCUGAUGUGUAAAAGACGUGACAUCUUUUUUUUUAAAAUUAAAAAAGCAUAACUGUAUCUGUGAAUUUCAUAGCACAUUUUGAGUUACCAUUCUACUAAACUCACUUAGGCAGUGGAAGCCUUUACCUGUAAGGUGAUUUUGGAAAAUAGAUUUUUUUUUUUUUUUUUUUUUUUUUUACCAAAUCUUCAUUUUAGUACCUAGGUUUUGUGCAGUCUUUGUUUUUUAGAUGGCUUUGUACUAGGAGAAUUUCCUUUGAGCAUGUGUACAAACCAGUGCUACAUCACAAUCUGGCAAAUGAAAUCUCUUCCCCUUGAAACUUUUGUAUAUUUAACUAAAAUGUGGUUUGUCCCCUUAGGCUGUCUGUCUGGAAACAUCAGAAGUCCGGUGCCAGGGUUUUAAUUUCUACAGUGUACACUGUAAAGUUCUGCAUAACUUCCAUGUGACUGUAAUAUUCCUCCCGGUGUUUUAAUGCAGAGCGAAACUAAGUAGUGUCAACGUUGUGUUGUUUGUAAAAUGUUUUCAUUUUGAGGUGAAUGUUUUGGUGGGUGGAGAUAAAGGACUACCCUGAG